GUCAGAGACAUCAAUCACCAGGUAACUUUACAGACAACAAACAUGGCCGAUUCACGUGAAGAAAAUGUGUACAUGGCCAAGUUGGCUGAGCAGGCUGAGAGGUAUGAGGAAAUGGUUGAGUUUAUGGAGAAGGUUGCAAAGGUAGAUGUUGAAGAGCUGACUGUGGAGGAAAGGAAUCUUCUUUCUGUGGCUUACAAGAAUGUCAUUGGUGCAAGAAGGGCUUCGUGGAGGAUAAUAUCUUCAAUUGAGCAGAAAGAGGAGAGCCGAGGAAAUGAAGACCAUGUUAGCAGCAUUAAAGAAUAUAGAGCCAAAAUUGAGGCCGAGCUCAGCAAGAUCUGUGAUGGGAUUUUGAGCCUUCUCGAGUCUCAUUUAGUACCAUCAGCCUCAACAGCCGAGUCCAAAGUGUUUUACUUGAAGAUGAAAGGUGAUUACCAUAGGUACUUGGCUGAGUUCAAGACGGGGGCAGAGAGGAAAGAAGCUGCAGAGAACACUUUAUUAGCCUACAAGUCUGCUCAGGAUAUAGCAUUGGCUGAACUGACUCCUACUCAUCCAAUCAGACUGGGACUUGCCCUUAACUUUUCAGUGUUCUAUUAUGAAAUUCUUAACUCACCUGAUCGUGCUUGUAACCUUGCAAAGCAGGCCUUUGAUGAUGCCAUCGCAGAGCUGGAUACAUUGGGUGAGGAAUCUUACAAGGACAGUACAUUGAUUAUGCAGCUUCUCCGAGACAAUCUCACACUUUGGACCUCUGAUACCACAGAUGAUGCCGAGGAUGAGAUCAGGGAAGCUUCAAAACAAGAGUCGGGUGAUGGGCAGCAGUGAUACCUAAGUAGCCUAGUCUUGUACUCCUUAUUUUGUGAUUUUCGACGACUCGUCGUAUCACUGCUGAAGUUGUUUGAUAUAAAAACAGGUUUUAGUCUGAUAAAAGAAACAUGUUUAGUACAAUUUGUUUGUGAUGCUAUUGGCAUCGCCAUUUAAUAAUUAGAGUUGGAAUA